AGAGAGAGAGAAAAAAAAAAAAAAAAGGAGGGGGGAGGGUGUUGCGUAACACCCGCGGCCCGAUCGGUUAGUGAGACGAUGUAAUCGUCUGGACGAGGAUGUCACUGACGACGACGGACCAACGAGUCAGUUGCCCCGUGUCUCGUUUCUCGGCUCCAGUUGUUCAUCGGCCGCCAGUGGUGAAGACGACCUCGCCGGGCUUAUGGCCUGCCAGCCGUCCGUCUUGGUGUUAUGGCCGCAUCAUUGCCCGUCGUGUGCCGAGCUGCGGCAGCAGUGUCUCUCGCGGCCGUGAUGGCAUCCGUGACUGCCCUAAUUGCCGACAAGAAAAGUGGCCAGUGUGUUCGCCGACUCGUCCAUGCCCGUCGACCGCACAGGCCGGCCGGCUCAUCCGACCAGGACGGCCGUCUUUUAAACAGCAACAACAACAACAACAACAACGACAGUAUGAAUAAUCGGAUCGAUUCGGUGAUUGUGAGUGACACGGGACCUCCUUUGCGUCCUGCUCCUACCGCCGGCCGCUGCAGUGAAGAGGUGAGUGCUCGUUCGAAUCCAUCAUUUGUGCGCAGCCGGACGAAGAAGAAGAUGACGACGGCCGAUGGAGGCCAGCCGCUCUGCGGUCAGCGUCUCGACCGACACAGCGUCCGCGGUCACAGCCAACGGCACCGGCCGCACGGAUGGCUGCUGCCCGUCCUCGUACUUUCGAUCGUCUUGUCGGCAUUGCCAAACAGUUGCUCGUCGGCCGCCUCCAUCCAUCAUCACCAUCAACAACAGCAGCAGCAACAACAACAACAACCUCAACAACAACCUCAAGAGCAGAGCGCAGCCGCCGCUCUGCCCGCUGCUCGAAGUCGGACCCCGUCAUCUGGGCGACAUCGUCCGCCGACGAUAUCGCGGUCUGGCACGUCCUCGUCCUCGUCCUCGUCCAACCUCCUCUCGCAAUGCCCGUGGAUGCAAUGGGAACCGCAGCUGGCCGUCAGCGACGCCAGUGCGGCCGCGGCUCACGAGGCGGACGUUGCCGGAACGAGAGCUUACAUGGCUCCAGUAGUGUUCGAAGGGAAAGCUCGCUCCAGAAGCGACGGUCCCGUCUAUCGGGUCACCUUCGACGUCGUGACAGUGUACAAAGGUGAAGUGGCGACCGGCUCGCAAGUGCGCUUAGAAUUCAAAAGCGGCGCUGCGGCGGCCGCGACGACGACGGCGCACCAGUCGACGGCCAGCCAUUCGAAACAGUUGCGCUCGCUGAGCCGCAACGCGGCCACGACCCGUUCGCGGACCUUAUCGGCCGCACGUCGCACCGGCGACGUCGGCAGUGCUGGUGCUGGUGCUGGUGCUAGUGGUCAGCGUCGACGUCAGCCGGGCCAGCAGCAUCAUCGUCGGCAUCAGCACCACAGCGCGCGCCAGUGUCUAGUGACGGCCGAGAUACGAACGGGCCGGCGAUACUUGGUCUUCGCCGCCCAUUGGGGCCCCAAUAACUUCACGGCAUACGGUUCGCCGUUGGUGCACACCAAGAAGAGCCUCAAAGACGUGCGGUCCACGCUCUGCCCGCGCUGCGCACGGUCUCCAGUAGCGUAUGGACUGGAAGAAUCGGUGACGGUCAAGAAGCAGCAGAGACUCAUUCUACGAUGCCGGACGAGGGGUAAUCCAGUCCCGGGCGUCACCUGGUUCAAAGACGGAAAACCGUUGAACUCCAGCAAUAAGCGCGUCCGCAUCAAAACCAAAAGACGUCGAUCGACGCUGAGGAUUCGUUGCGUCAAGGAAGAAGACGCCGGACUGUACGAGUGUCGUCCGAAUAACGUGAUUGGCUCCGGUACGGCUUCACGAUCCAAAGUCACAGUCGUCAAAGUCACUGCCGGCCCGUCGUCUGACUUGUCAUCGAAACUGACGGCCACUAACCUGAGGCCAGUCAACGGAUCGUCGUCGUCGUCCCUUUGGCCGCUGAUCGCCUUGCCCUGCCCGAUCGACUCGUUUUGCCUCAACGGCGGCACAUGCAAAUAUUACGAAGCUGUCGGCGAACUCGUCUGCCAGUGCGCCGAGGGCUACAAGGGCCAGCGCUGCGAAAACAAGGACAUUUACAAUUUAGGAAAGGGUGGCAAGUGCAGAGGAAGCGGAGGCAGAAUGAUGGGAACGAAAUGCGUGCCGACUUAUAAUGGCGGCGCCGGAAUAGCGGCAGGCGGAACGUCGGGCUCGUUAUUGGGUCCAACGGCAGCGGCCGGCUGGGCGGCAGUGCCCAACUCCAACAACCAGCUCACCUGGUGGCACUGGAUUCAAGCAUCGGGCAAAAUCGCCGGCAUCGACGAUGAAGACGAUCAAAAUUGCGGAGCAGAUGACGACGACGAUUAAGCAAUCUGAAUAUUUUCCCUAUGCACGUUUUUGAUUGUUCUUUUUAACUCUCUCUCACUGGAACGCAAACAAAAAUGGAAGUGUUUAUUCUGCAUCUUGAAGAUUCAUCCGUCGCUCCAGUUGGACCCAUCAUCGCGUUCGGGAUCAAUCAACGGUAUUUUUGGCUGCCAGGGCUGCCAGUCGGCAAGAACGCUGCAAGUUCGGAAUGUUAUUUUUGUUUUUUUAUGUUUUCUUUGAAUCAGGCAAUGCUGGAACAAAAUGUGACAUGAAAAUUGUAUAGUCAGUGAAAAAGAAAAGUUCGUCGCAGAUCCAAGUGUUUUAGUGAUGAGAGAAAGCCAUUUCAGAGAAGCGAACUCAAAAAACAAAACAAAAAAUACGAAACACGAUGAGACUACACGGUGAGCUGAUGUUCUUUUUGUUCUUCUUUUUUUUUUUUUUUUUCUUUCGGUGUGUGUCUGUAUAGUUUGACAUGAUGUCUAUACCCAUAAUGUUUAUUUGGAACCAGUUUCUUUUCUUUUUUUUGGAUUAUCUAUCGGAAACUUGUACACUCCCCAUUCUUUGAAAAAAAAAAAAAAAAGAAAGAAAACAUCCCAAUGAUUUCGAAAAGAUUGUUAUACUCCUAUAUCCCAGAUUUGUUUUUUUUUUUAAAUACGUUCUCGGUUUAAUGAAACCAGGAAGCCCCCCCCCCCCCCUUCAAAACUUUUAUUUCUGAAGUAUUUAAAAUGUUGGUAUCGACCCCUUCCCGAACAAUUUUUGGGUCUCUCUUUUGUUUUUUGUUUUUCUUUGAAAGGAAACUGAUAGGAUAAAACAAGAAAGAAUUUUCGUAUCGACAUGUCAUUAAAAGUUAUCCCGUAUUUAAAAAUGAACCCCCUUCCCCUUAAAAGGAAAAAGAAAUACCAACAUUUUUUUUUUUCUCACCCUGUCACCUCUUUUUAAGACGCAAUGCUCUGCUAUUUUUUUUUUUUUUUUUUUUUUCUAUGUGCUGAUCCACCUGUCUGUAAACCGCUAGCGGCAGCUUUUGACUUUCCCGUUUUUUUGUUGCACCCUUCCGAUUAUGCAAAUUUCGAAAUGAAUAAGGGUAUUUAAAAAGACAAAAAAAAAAAAAAAAACAGUGAUGUAAGCAGUAAAAGAAACCAGAUCAGACGAAAUCAAAAAAGAAC